AUGAUGGUGACUGUGCUUGAACUGGUGCUGUGCUACCAGGGGAAGAAGUUGCGUGGCUUCACCUGUAAGCUGACCCGCUCUGCCCAUGGCUUCCUGCCUGAGAGCUCCUGGCAGAUCGCAGCCCAGGUACUACUGCCAUACCUGGUGGCUGGACUGGGAAUGGUCUCCGCUGGCGUCAUCGUGGACAUUGUACAAGUAUGGAUCUAGGGGACAGACUUCCUGCCAUCCACUACUUCUGUUUCUAAUCAUCUUUUAAGUUUGUGAUCACUUUGUGGUGGGGUGGGAUGGGGUGUGGUGGGAUAUGGUGGUGUGGUGGGAUAUGGUGUGCUGUGGUGGGAUGAGAUGUGGUAUUGUAUGGUGGGAGGGGAUGUGGUGUGGUAUGGUAUGAUGUGGUGGGGUGUGGGUGGGUAGGAUAACCUCAAAACAUUUAUUGGCAUUCUUCUGUCUUCUGCAUCUUCCGUCACUGGUACGUCACUGGCUUUCAUUAAGCAUCCGUUCAUGCUGCUCUAUUCAAGGAUGAGUCUGCUAUUUUUAGUGUUCAUUAUAGAUUUCAGUCUCACUUGCUUUUGUAUAACCUAUUAUAUGCCUAUUUGAUGAAGAGUGAAGGUAAUGAAAAUGGUCAGAUCAUUUAAGGCCAACAUGGACAGGAACACUUCCAGCCCUGAUAGAUCAUAUGAGGGCCUGGUUUUAUCCUGUUUGAAACUCUCUGGACAUUCUAGUAACCGGGGCGUUGGAAAGAUGGACAAUGACUUGAAACAGGGGAGUCGUCACGGCUUACAUUUCCUCAGAGGCACAUCAGUUGGUUGGAUAAUAAAUCAUCCACCAUGGUUUCUGUUUAUAUGUUCUCUCUUAUAUCCUCUCUCCUCCUUCCAUUACCAUACAGAUCAGAUCUGGGGAGGAAAGGGUGGUCUGGGGAGGCUCUAUUUAUAAAAAAAUUAUUUCACCUUUAUUUAACCAGGUGGGCUCUAAUUGAAUAGAGAGAGAAUGGACAGGUGGGUGACAGAGGGAGGAUUGAUGAAUAAGGCUGGUAGCGAGAGAGACAAAGUUCUGAGCUGGAGCUAAGGUUCUGGAUUGUCCGCCAGGGGAGGCAGAAGGAACUGGGACACUUAGAUGAUUGUUGAGCUUUGGGAUGAUGGCUGUAUUUGAGGACAGUAUACAAAUACAGUGCCCUCCUGUAGCUCAGUUGGUAGAGCAUGGCGCUUGCAACGCCAGGGUCAAUUCCCACGGGGAGCCAGUAUGAAAAAUGUAUGCACUAACUGUAAGUCGCUCUGGAGAAGAGCGUCUGCUAAAUGACUAAAAUGUAAAAAUGUAUACGUGUUUUUUCCUGUCGGAGUCCGGCUGAGGGGUGACAGUUGACAUGAUCUCUGUGUGUUGCAGCACUGGGAAGUGUCAUCACAGAGAUCUUCAUCCUGGUCCCAGCUCUGGUGAGGCUGAAGGGAAACCUGGAGAUGACCUUGACUGCUCGCCUCUCCACUGCAGUGAGUCCACAUCUUCAGCAUCCUAUUGUAGACGUAGUAUUAGCCAAAGUAGCCUGGUCUCUUUAUGCUCUCUUGUUAACUCCUAGGGGUUAGUAUCAGUCUAAAGAAAUACAUGUUCCCACGCUCUUGUUGAAAAGCCAAAGUUUGAUGUUGGUGUAUGUUGUACUGAUGAUCUCUAUUGCUUAGGCUAACACUGGCCAGCUGGAUGACCCCAAGCAUCAGUGGAAGAUGGUGUGCAGCAACCUGGCUCUCAUUCAGGUCAUAUCCAAUAUGUCAUGACAUCAUUAUAUUAAAUAAUGAGUGUAGUCCUUUGUAUUAAUUUACUGUUGGGAGGGAGACAGGCAGGCAGAGACAUUCAUACUGCUAAGUCUUCCACAGCAUUUUAAAUGUUUAGUCAUUUAGCAGACGUUCCUAUCCAGAGUGACUUACAGGAGCAAUUCGGGUUAAGUGCCUUGCUAAAGGGCACAUCGACAGAUUUAUCACCUAGUCGGCUUAGGGAUUCAAACCAGUUGCCUUUCGGUUACCGGCCCAACGCUCUUAACCACUAGGCUACCUGCCACACGCCACAACUUCUCCUUUUCAUUUCCCAGCCUGAAAGACAGAUAGCAACACUAACUGAAGGCCGUGGCUAACUUGACCUUUACUGGAGAAACGGAUCCCAGUAAAAACAGGUGUUGGACUAGUCCAGGGUUAGGAAGAGGUCAAGAUAGCCCUUGGUCACACAUUAUCCAAGGCAUGAUAAUGUAGGUAUGCUAAGCCCAUAAGGUACAGUAGAUGUGAUGGAUAGAUGGACCCAGGGGUUGUGAAGGUCCAUUCUCUCCCCAGGUUCAGGCCUCGGUAGUGGGCUUCCUGGCUGCAGUGUCAGCCAUAGCACUGGGUUCCAUGUCUAGAGGUGUGGUAGAGCUGGACCAGGCUGCUGUAGUCAGUGCCAGCAUCACCAUCACUGCAUUCAUGGCAGCACUGUCUCUAGGUGAGUUCACCCUGAGAUUGUUUUUAUUGGAUUGAGAUGCCAAGUGUCUUGAUGGUAGUAUCUGUUACGGUUUGCUCCCCUACCUCCCUCUCUCUCCCUCUCUUCUCCAUACCUCUCUCUCUCAACCUCACUUCCCCUCUCCAUCCUUCCCCCUCUCUCUCGCUCCCUCCCUCCAUAGGUCUGGUGAUGAUCAGGGUGAUCAUUGGCAUCAAUCCAGACAAUGUGGCCAAGCCCAUCGCUGCCAGUCUGGGAGAUCUGAUCACACUGUCCCUGCUGGCUGGAGUCAGUACUACACUCUACCACUAUUGCGGUAAGGCUUUAUUAUAAGGGUUUAAUUAAACUUUGAUUUAGAAAUCAGUAAUUAAACAAUUAAUAAAGUUGGUGCAGUGCAUGUAUCUGGGUAAAUAACUAUUUAAGCCAAUUAAGACCUCCACUUUGUGGUAGUAAUAUCCAGAACCAGCAGAGGUCAGCAUCAGUUAAAUUCCCACUCAUCUGUUACCUGUUGUCAGCACUGACUACAAUUAGCUACUUUUACAAAGCACAAUGUGUACAUGCAGAAGUAAAAUGGCUUUAAAAUCUUAUGAAUAUCAAACAUGUUGGGGAAAUAUCUUGAUUAAUUUCAAUGCAAGUUCGGAUGUGCUCUUAUGUCAGAUGAAUUGUGUUCUGUAUGUGUGGGAUAGUGGUAUAACGCUGUAUUUAUUGGAGACUAUUCUAACCUGUGUUUUCUCUGUGUAGACGUCUGGUACCUGCGUCUGGUACCUGUGUUCUUCCUCAUGUCUAGCUAGCAGCCUGUCAUUGUAGCCAUGUCCAUCAGCAGGUACGACCAUAGACUUAAAUAGACUCGUUUUUAAAUACAAAGAACUAUCAACUAUUUCUAUGGGUACGACACACAGGAUACCUUACUAAUUCAAUACAUGUAUCUGAUCAGUAGAUGUGUGACUGGUGUAUUUCAUUAUGACCUUGUUCAGUUUCGGGGGACUCAUUUUGGACAAGACUGUUAGGGAAUGGCUGUCUUUACACCGGUCAUCACUGGGGAGUGGACUAAUCAUGAGUGAGUUAUUAACUGUACCAUGGGACAUGCAUGACUCUCUUCCUCUGUGUGAAGAUGAUGCUGGGGAGAGAGGUUCCACUGUCAGAGAGACUGAGAGAGUAUCGCAUCUGGCUGAGAGUCAGUUAGCUGUCUUUAAAUGGCACAUGCUGAGAGAUCCUUUCAAAAGGAGCCUGUUUAAGAGACACAUGCUGAGGGAUCCUUUCAAAAUGAGCCUGUUUAAGGGACGCAUGCUGAGGGAUCCUUUCAAGAUGAGCCUGUUUAAGAGAUGCAUGCUGAGGGAUCCUUUCAGAAUGAGCCUGUUUAAGAGACACAUGCUGAGGGAUCCUUUCAAAAUGAGCCUGUUUAAGAGACACAUGCUGAGGGAUCCUUUCAAAAUGAGCCUGUUUAAGAGACACGUGCUGCGGGAUCCUUUCAGAAUGAGCCUGUUUAAGAGACACAUGCUGAGGGAUCCUUUCCAUAUGAGCCUGUUUAAGAGACACAUGCUGAGGGAUCCUUUCAGAAUGAGCCUGUUUAAGAGACACAUGCUGAGGGAUCCUUUCAGAAUGAGCCUGUUUAAGAGACACAUGCUUAGGGAUCCUUUCCAUGUGAGCCUGUUUAAGAGCACACAGCCAGAUGUUCUUAGCCACAAAUGGCAGUGACCCAGGCUGAUAUUGGCAGUGCAUUGGAUAACCAUUGGACCUCUGUGAAAUAUCGCAUGCAGUGAAUGUUAACAUUGGCCAAUCUGGUUUCAAUUUCCCUCUCCUGGUUCUAUGACUAUAACGCAGCACUUUGUGUUUUACCACUGUCCCCUCGAGUCUCGUCAAGUCUGAGAUGCACAGCUGUAUUGGGUUUUGAUUAAGAUAUGACAAAAACAGUGUUUUGGAUUGUAAAUGUUUCCAAAUAAGUAAGAAGUUUUAUUUGAGUUCCUCCAUUCCAAGACCACAAACUGGAAUCUGUCAAUGUGGAAUUAAUACAUCAGUCUAACAUUUCUAAGAGUAUAUCCUUAUAAUGUCAAAAGCAUAUGGUGGGCAACAUAUGUGUUUUACAGAACAGAGAUGUACAUUUCAAGGGAAAGCAUAUGACUAUAUAAUAUGAGACUUGUGUGGGUGAUACUCUUUCCAUGCAUUUCUUGGUGCUUCCUCUCAGGUGUCGGAGGGAACUUGGUGCCUAUCCAGGCCAGUCGGAUCUCUACCUACCUGUGCUUCUGGAGCGUACCUGGAGUCUUACCCUAGAAGAGGAGUAUUCAACUCUUACCCUAUGAGGUCCGGAGCCUGCUGGUUUUCUGUUCUACCUCAUAAUUAAUUGCACACACCUGGUGUCCCAGGCCUAAAUCCGUUCCUGAUUAGAGGGGAACAAUGAAAAAAUUAGUUGAGAGUUGAGUUUGAAGGCCCUAGAACAGGGGUGUCAAACAUACGGCCCGCGGGCCGGAUCAGGCCCGCAAACGGGUUUAAUCCGGCCCGCGAGAUGAUUUUGGGGGGAAAUUUUAGUAUAAAAAUGCGCUGCAAUUUUUCAAUAAAAUAAACUGCUGUUCCAAUUGCGUCCACUGGAUGGCGCAAUAUCAAUUGUGUUAAGCAAGCAAACUGUUUAUACUGGGGCAGAGCAAGUAGGUCAAGCACGUGCAGCCAAUGAGCUACUUUGUUUUGCCUGCAAUAUUUAUUACGGCUUCUACUUUUAACAUUAUGUGCUUUGGCACCCUCAUUGCCCCAAUAUGUCUCUGUCAAAAAAGAGAAAAGUGGACGCAGAGUGCAGAGUGUUCCAAGAAAAAUGGUCAUCCUAUUUAAUCACAGAAUUGAAUGGGAAAGCUGUAUGUUUGGUGUGUUCAGAGCAUGUUGCAGUGCUGAAAGAAUAUAACCUUCGUCGCCACUAUGUGAGUCUUCAUGCCGACAAAUAUGACAACUUUCAAGGACAGCGGAGAUGAGAGAAGGUGAAUGAACUGUUGGCGGGUCUGAAGAAACAGCAGUCUGUGUUUACUCACAGCCGAGACAUCAGUGACGCUGCAGUGAAAGCUAGCUACCUCAUUGCUAAUGAAAUCGCAGUGGCUUCAAAACCAUUUAGUGAGGGUGAAUUUGUAAAAACAUGCAUGAUGAAGGCAGCGGAGAUUGUGUGCCCUGAAAAGCGGCAGGCUUUUGCAAAUAUCAGCCUGACAAGAAACACAGUUGCAGACAGGAUUUCCGAUCUUUCAGUGGAUUUGGACAGCCAGUUGAAGCAAAAAGUAAAGUCAUUUAUUGCGUUUUCGGUUGCAAUUGAUGAAAGCACGGACAUUACAGAUGUUGCACAACUGGCCAUUUUUUCAUCCGCGGAGUUGAUGACACAUUGACCGUCACCGAGGAGUUCGUGGAGUUGGUGCCGAUGACAGAUACAACGACAGCAGCUGAUAUUUUUACCGCACUCGUCGGCGCGCUGGACAGGGUCGGAGUGGACUGGUCCUGCGCUGUCAGCCUGGCUACAGAUGGUGUGCCCUCAAUGAUCGGGAAAAAAGCAGGCGUUGUGACAAAGUUCAGAGAGAAAGUGCAAUCUGCAAAUGGAGGACGUGAUUUUUUGACUUUUCACUGUAUUUUGCACCAGGAGGCUUUGUGUUGCAAGUCAUUAAAGAUGGAUAACGUCAUGAAGGUGGUCAUCCAAACUGUUAAUUUCAUCCGAUCCAGAAGCCUGAAUCACCGUCAGUUUGACAGCCUUCUCAGAGAGAAAGACCACAUCUAUGGCCUGCCAUACCACACUGAGGUAAGAUGGUUAAGCCGAGGUGCUGUGCUGAGGCGUUUCUUUGAUUUACGAGAAGAAAUUGAACAGUUCAUGGAAGAAAAGGGCAAACCAGUGUUAGAAUUUCAUUCCGCAGAAUGGAUGCCGGACCUUGCAUUUAUGGUGGAUGUUACAGAGCACCUGAAUAACUUGAACAAACAGCUGCAAGGGCGCAACAAAGUUGUCACGCAGUAUUAUGACAGCAUACGUUCUUUCAAGUUGAAGCUGUCAUUGUGGGAGACGCAACUUGCCGGUGGUGAUGCAGCUCACUUCCCCUGUCUGAAAAAUGUGUGCGCGACCCAACAUGUGGCAGACAUGAAGCGGUUCAAAGAUAAAAUAACUGGAUUGUUACGGGAGUUUGAGCAACGCUUUCAGAUUUAUGUUUAUAUGUUUUUAUGUUGAUGUGCUAUUGUUUUUAAUUGAUUUUAUUUUAUUUGUAUAUUUAACCUAUUCUUGACUCUGUGGUUCUUGCACUUGUUUAGGGAACAGGAUUUCAUUAUUUUUAUCUACAUUUCUGCCUGAGAAAUGACACCCUGAUAUAGUUCUGUGAUCUGUGAUAUACUUCUGUGAAUCACUGAGGCAUUGUGUGUUCUUUGUCCUCAGAACUUUCAAAUAACUUGGUGUUUUAUGAUUAAUAGUGAUGUUGUGCUUUUGGACACUGUCCUCAGGCUCCAGCUUUAUGUUUAUAUGUUUUUAUGUUGAUGUGCUAUUGUUUUUAAUUGAUUUUAUUUUAUUUGUAUAUUUAACCUAUUCUUGACUCUGUGGUUCUUGCACUUGUUUGGGGAACAGGAUUUCAUUAUUUUUAUCUACAUUUCUGCCUGAGAAAUGACACCCUGAUAUAGUUCUGUGAUCUGUGAAACAGUUCUGUUAAUCACUGAGGCAUUGUGUGUUUGUGUGUUCUUUUUCUUUAGAAUUUUCAAAUAAACUUGACGUGUUUUAUGAUUAAUAGUGAUGUUGUGCUUGUACUAUUUUGGACACACUGUCCUCAGGCUCCAGCUUUAUGUUGUAUGUUGAUCGUAUUAAAACAAAGAAAACAAUCUGAAGUUGUUGUUUUUAAGUUAUAUAUACCAUGAUUUUUCCGGUCCGGCCCACUUGGGAAUAGAUUUUCCUCCAUGUGGCACCUGAGCUAAAAUGAGUUUGACACCCCUGCCCUAGAAGAUAAGACGGCACUGGCCCAACCCCUUCACCACCUUCUUCUUCUCAGGUAAGGCUCGUCCACUGUCUUUCUAUAGAGGGUCAUGGCUGUCCGUGGGAUUGCACGUAGAUACUGUAUGCCUUUAAAAAUAAAAAUAAGAUAUGCCUGGGACUUCCUCUCUCUUUGGGAUUUAGCAAAUAGGAACUCUACUCUUUGGAACCACUCUUGGUAUUUCUCUUCUAUUUAUCCUCUUGAUUUUCUCAUAGGAUUUGUACAGAUGUACUUUUCAGCCAGUGCUUAACUAACGAGAGAAAAGCUACCUGCAGUAUCCAUUAGUUGCCUCUGUCUCUCCAGGUGUGAACUCCAAGUCAGCGAUGGUGUUGUUCCUACUGGUGGUGCCUGGUCACCUGGUGUUCUCUACCAUCUCUCUGAUCCAGGAGGCCACACUGACCUCACAGUUACCUUCAUCUCUCUGCUCCAGGAGGCCACACUGACCUCACAGUUACCUUCAUCUCUCUGCUCCAGGAGGCCACACUGCCCUCACUGUCUCAUUCAUCUCUCUGCUCCAGGAGGCCACACUGACCUCACAGUUACCUUCAUCUCUCUGCUCCAGGAGGCCACACUGCCCUCACUGUCUCAUUCAUCUCUCUGCUCCAGGAGGCCACACUGACCUCACAGUUACCUUCAUCUCUCUGCUCCAGGAGGCCACACUGACCUCACAGUCACCUUAAUCUCUCUGCUCCAGGAGGCCAUACUGACCUCACAGUCUCCUUAAUCUCUCUGCUCCAGGAGGCCAUACUGACCUCACAGUCACCUUAAUCUCUCUGCUCCAGGAGGCCACACUGACCUCACAGUCACCUUCAUCAUCUGCUACCUGUGUGCCGCCCUCCUCCAGGUAUGCCCUGCCACCUCAGUCACUGGUCCACUGAUGGAGUUUGGUCAAGUCUCCUACAGACUUAUAAGGACUUCUCAUUAUAGACUUAUAGACCUAUAAGGACUAAGGGGGGAAUUCCGACCCGAGUUAAGAGCACGUAAAUGGAGUGUAAUUCCCUUUAGACACUGUUCGUCUGGGUGGAGAUCAAAUAAAUGAAGGCGUAGCGGAAGUGUGUCUACAGAUAUGCCGUAUUUGGAUCUUGAUUUAAUUCCCUCAUAAUUCCACCAUCUUUACACGCAAGGAAACCAUGAAUGUCGAAUGAACCUGCCGGUUCCAAGUGGGAAAAGCAUCAACCUUUAAUUUUUUUGAUAUAAUUUAUAAAUCGAUAAGAGCUAGGUAAAUGAGUAAUCCAUUUGGAGAAGGGAAUUGUAAAUACACAUAACAAUUGUUUUACAUGAUUUUUCAUUAUGAUCCCUGGAGACGAAUGUGAAACCAGUCAUAUGGAAGCAAACUGAAAAUCAUAUCAACAUGACAUGUAUUUCCACUGUGAAGCAGGCUAUAAAUAGCUGUGCCGUUAUUCCAAAUUUGUAUGAUAUGUCCUCAUAAUUUGCAGGGAUGAAAUUUGGAGACCCAGGCUUUUCUCAGUUUUAUUUUACAAUUUGUAUCAUGUUAAAUAUUAGCCACUAUCGAGAGCCACCGUCAGUAAUUACCCACAUACAUUUAUAAAACGGUCACUUUAGUGUUAGUUUCCUUCAAUUUGUAGCUUACAUUUUGCAUCAUUCCAUUCCGUUGAACUUUCUUUCCUUUAUCCUGUCCGUGUCGUUGUUGCUAAGGGUCGCUAGCAUUAGGCUAGGAUAAUUUGAAACUCAGACCACACAUAGCAGUUUAAACCUGGAGCCUGGCACACGGUUCACAACGACUGGACCGUUGUCAUACAGUUCCAUGGUUAGGGUAGAUUCAUAGGACUGUUGUUCAACCCCUAUUUUACACUUUUUUUCCACCUUCCAAUAUUUCAUGCAUUGAACUUGAAUAAGGCAACUUUCAGGAUGAAUCAAAUCACAGUAUUUUUGAUUAAUCAAUAUAGUUUGUGCGUAAAGGCUCUCCAACCCUGUUUUUAUGAUUCAUACAUACUUUCCUAACCCUAAAAUGUGCCUAAAUAAUCUACAAGAUCAGAGCAUUUUUAAAUCUACCAGUUGGUGCUGAAACUGAGACGAAUAUGCAUAUAUUUAGAUGACUUUCUUUCAUUGAUCCCUAUAUUCUGACCCCAUUCUCUCCAUGUAUUCUAGUGAGUCUGUUGACAAAAUUCUAAUUAAAGGUACACCGUAUUUAAAGGGAUGGCUUAGGAUGAACGUACUGAAAACCCUAUUGAAUGCAAACGGCACAAGAAAAUCUGUUGGCCAGCAAGUGGGAAGGUUUUCAGCAGUUGAAUUACAUUUAUUCAGUGUGCGCAAGGAAACCACGCCUGCAAAGCCCAGUACACACCUGCAUAAGAUAAGUCUGAACACCAACUGCUGAGAAGUGUGUAAGAAAGGGGUGAGUAGGAAUGACGUGCAUUCCCUAAAGUCUGAUUCAGGCCUUUACUCACUUAUAAGGACCUCAUUCAGAUCGGCUGUGUGAUUGAUUGAUUGAUUGUGAUGUUCCACCAGGUGGGCAUCCUUCUCUGUGUGGCUGAUCUGAUAGUCCAUUGGAUGUGGAGGAGGAGUCUGGACCCAGACAACUUCUCCGUCCCCUACCUGAAAGCCCUGGGAGACCUGCUGGGGACCCGCUUCCAGGCUCUGGUCUUCCGCUCUGUCUCACUCAUGGAGGGGCUGGGACUCUGA